AGGUGCAACUGGGCCCGUGGCAAGGUGCUAGGUGGUUCGAGCGCGAUCAACUUUCUAAUGCACGUUCGUGGCAACAGAAGAGACUUUGACCUUUGGGAGAUUCAGCAUGGCGCGUUCAACUGGUCCUACAUGGGUGUGCUUCCUUACUUUAAGAAAUCUGAGCACUAUAUGGGCCCCAAUCCAGACAGAAGAUAUCGGGGGAUCAAGGGAAAAGUGCCGGUAACAUUUACCGUCACGCAGACACAACUCGUUUCCACUUUCCUUGAAGCGGGGCGAGUACUCGGCUACAACUUGAUCGACUACAACGGCCCGGAACAGGCGGGUUUCUCCAGAACUCAAACCACAAGUUUCGAAGGCAGGCGUUUUAGCUCCGCCAAGAGCUACAUCAGACCAAUCUACAAGAAGCGCUCCAAGAACUUGCAUUUGUGUCUCCGAAGUCGGGUCACUAAAGUUAUCUUCGAGAACAAUCGAGCUGUAGGAGUCCACUUCGUGAAGGGUGGCAUUCCCACGAAAAGUACGAGCAAGGCUGGAGGUCAUUCUGUCGGCAGGCGUCAUCGGCUCGACGCAGCUCCUCCUCCUUUCAGGAGUAGGACCCGCGAGAGAUCUCCAAGAGCUGGGCAUUCCUGUGGUUGCGGACCUUCCAGUGGGCAAGAAUCUUCAGGACCACAUGUUCAUGGGUGGAAUGGCGGCCACGAUGGACGUAGAUGCAGGACUCAAGCCACAAGAUAUGGCGGUAGUGAGAGAAUAUGCUCGCACAAAAACAGGUAACAUCAUGAUGAAAUUCAAAGCUA